GAGAAGGGAGUACAAGUGCUGCAGAAUCCACUUUUCCUCACGAAAGUUCCAGAGAACAGCAGCCAUCAUCUGCCUCGGAGAGACAAGCCCCUCGGCCCCCGCAGUCACCGCGCAGACCGCCGCAUCCGCUGCCCCCACGACUGACUAUUCAUGCUCCUCCUCAAGAGCUGGGUCCCCCAGUACAGAGAAUCCAGAUGACUCGAAGACAGUCAGUGGGACGUGGACUUCAGCUAACGCCUGGUAUAGGUGGGAUGCAGCAACACUUCUUUGAUGAUGAGGACAGAACAGUUCCAAGCACACCAACUCUUGUAGUUCCACAUCGUACAGAUGGAUUUGCAGAAGCUAUUCAUUCCCCCCAGGUAGCUGGAGUUCCUAGAUUUCGAUUUGGACCCCCUGAAGAUAUGCCACAAACUAGCUCGAGUCACUCUGAUCUUGGUCAGCUUGCAUCACAAGGAGGUUUAGGAAUGUAUGAAACCCCGCUAUUCCUUGCUCACGAGGAAGAAUCAGGUGGUCGUAGCGUUCCCACCACGCCGUUACAAGUAGCAGCACCAGUGACAGUGUUCACUGAGAGCGCCUCGGCGGACGCGUCGGAGCAUGCUUCGCAGUCCGUUCCCAUGGUUACAACAUCUACUGGGAAUCUGUCCACCACCACAGAGGCUGGAGCGGGUGAUGACGGGGACGAAGUUUUUGCAGAGGCAGAAUCUGAAGGAAUUACUUCAGAAGCAGGCCUAGAAAUUGAUAGCCAGCAAGAAGAAGAAUCUGUUCAAGCAUCUGAUGAGUCAGAUCUUCCUUCGACUAGUCAAGAUCCUCCUUCUAGUUCAUCUGCAGACACGAGCAGUAAUCAGCCCAAGCCCUUCCGACGCGUCAGACUUCAGCCACCAACGUUAAGAACUGGUGUUCGUGGUCGUCAGUUCAACAGACAGAGGGGUGUAACUCAUGCAAUGGGAGGCAGAGGAGGCCUGAACAGAGGAAACAUUAGUUAA